CUGAAGCACUGAAUAUUCUCGAUCAUAAGCUCGCGUAGACCGGAUAACAAAUAAUAUACCGACCCAUGGUUGCCGAUCAGCCUUCCAUUUUUCGUUCGUCUUGCUCGUCACCUUUCCAAUUACCCUGUGGGUUAGGACCUGCUCGGACACUAGAGGAUGAAGUUACUAGAUGUGAAAACAGUUCUCGACAGAGAAAAGAACAUCCAAAAGCCCGAAUCUAAUUCUGAAUAUGAGGUCAUGAAGUACCGAGAUGACGAAACAACAAAAUAUGCCAUACUGUCCCAUCGGUGGGGAAUCGAGGUUGACUACGAAGAGAUGACUGGACUCAUGAAGAUGGAGGGGCGGAAGAGGGACGAAGUCAGGCAACGCGACGGCUACCAGAAGAUUAUCAAGAGUUGCGAGCAGGCCAUGAAGGACGGCUAUGAGUGGUUGUGGAUCGAUACAUGCUGCAUCGACAAGCGGAGCAGUUCGGAGUUGUCAGAGGCCAUUAAUUCAAUGUACCGAUGGUACCGAAACGCACACGUGUGCCAUGCAUACCUCCACGACGUUGAUGAGUCGACCUUUCCUACGAGACCAGCUAACAAGUUCAGCAAGUCCAACGGUUGGCCUGAAUGGUUCAUGCGAGGUUGGACACUGCAGGAGCUCGUCGCGCCGAAGCAACUCGAAUUUUUCAACAAAAAUUGGGUGCGUAUCGGCAACAAACGUCGCCUGGCCCCCAUGUUGGAGGACAUCACACGAAUUCCGAUUGAAGUUUUGAGAGAUGGUCUGGGCGGCGCGAAGAAUCUCGGUGUCGCACAAAUUAUGUCGUGGGCAGCAGACCGGAAGACGACGCGCGUGGAAGAUCGGGCCUAUUCCUUGCUGGGUCUAUUCGACGUCAGCAUGCCAAUGUUGUAUGGCGAGGGCAAAAAGGCGUUCCACCGACUUCAGCUGGAAAUUAUCCGCACAUCCAGCGAUCAAAGCAUAUUCGCAUGGGAUCCACGGACGCCACGACCAGGCAGUGUCCUGGCUGAUGAUCCAAGUGACUUUCGGGAUUGUCGUCACAUCGAGCCACUUGGACCCGGCGAGUUCGCCGACAGACUGGUGGAAUACAUCGAAGACAAUGAACUUGGCAAGCAGCAUACAUCCCGCAAGUUCUCAAUCAACCCCAUACAUCGGCAUAGACUCGCACAGCUGAGGCUGCGUGCCCGCACGCUUAGCCAACAACUUCGCACAUUUUCGGUCAGCAAUGCGGGUAUUCAAGUGUGGCUGCCCGUCGUGCCCUACGACGACUCUCCCUCUCACUGCAGGGCCAUAUUGGCCUGCAGCCGUAUUAAAGGUUACCAUCCUCAUGGUCUGAUUACCAUCGAUUUGGCGUCUUCUGGAUCCAGCUUUGACAGGAUUUUUGACAGUACAGGGGUUCACAAGACUUAUCCUGAAUUCAGGACACUCCAUCUUACUCAUCAUCAGGAUGUCAAUCACAUACACCAUCAUUUCACACUCGAUGACAAGAAUGCCAUGUACUAUGGAUUCACUCACUGUGGCACCUUCCCGCGCGAGUCUGUAGGCAAUAUGGUCACACUCUCAUCCCUUACAGAUGAUCUCGUCAUCGUAGUUUAUGCUAACGACGAUGCAAGAUAUCGCUUUGCCGUUGCUCUCGGUUACUACCUCGGCCAAGGAUGGGUGCACAUCGUAUGUGACGAACGCCUGGAAAAACAAGAGGUCAACGGGACACCAUGGCUGGACUUCGCCAAGUUAACAUACGAUCGGAUGUGGAAAGCACGUGCAGAGCUUGCCCAAAGUAUGCCCAAUCCCAUUGAAGUGUAUGCCACAUACGAUACCAACACUGUCAUCAAGCAUGCCCACCUUCCCCGAUCAAUAUGGGCCGCAAGGGUGCUGUGGGGUAGGUGGGGAACAGACAAAUUUCAAGUAACGGUUGACGUUGACCAAUGUGCUGGUUGCUGUCAUGGGCCACAUGGAUGGACGACCACGUCUGUUCGUAGAUUUUCCUUUAUGCGUGUGAAAUUAAUGACUGUAUUGCCACAGGACGACUGGGAUGGCCUUGAUGUGCCAGGGCUUAUGAGCGUGGUUUCCCAUUCCCAUAGGUUGAAACUGGAUGGGUGGUGGGUGUGGCUUGACAAGCAUGCUGGCCAAAAGAUUGUGCUAGGUGAUUAUGGCGACUAUUCCGAUGGCAAUUUCAAAUGUGAUGGCAAUAUAUUUGAGGAUAUGCGGGCACUUGGCAUCGAUUCCAUGGAUCCGGUUUAUCACCCAGUGGUCUCCCGUGUAUCUGGUGACCAGUUUUAUUGGCAUGAAUUUCGAGAUCAGAAUGACCAUGACUUGCCAUAUGACGACGACCGCAAAGAGCUGGAGCUGAAUCGACUGAAGGGUUACUCCCUUCCUGCCAAUCAACAUUUCGUGCUGCUACUGAAGGCCUACUGUACCCGCCUUGCAGGCAAAUAUUUAGUGAUUACAAUCAUACAACACUCCGACGUCCCCCUCAGAAUUGGGUGUAGGGCAAAACGAAGGGAUUCGGGAGGCGAGUUGGCACCGAACAAUGUCAACCAUUUCGCAGACCUGACCCCCUUUUACACUGUCGCGAGCCCGCAGGCUUGGAGAAGAGAUCCUGCCUGCACACGGAGAAGGGAACUGUUCAAAACUAUCCGGUACGUCCAUUAUAAUUGAUUUCAGCGUCACUGAUGUUAUGUUUUGGAAUGUAGGGAACAUUUCUACACUCUGGUGAAUAUGAUACCUCCUCUUACCAUCCUUG